AUGGCAUUUGGACAUUCAACUCGCUCAAGGAGACGCUCUACCUCUCCAGAACCGCCCCCAAAACCACCACGUCCGCGUCAGCGAGCUGAGAGCACACCUGCGCCGCCGACUCAAUAUGGCUAUCGCUAUGCAACAACGUCGACGUAUUCAGUCAACACUUGUCAUGCUUCACCGCCUGUCGCUCCUUAUCAUCAAAUAGGCACAAUGUCUAUGGUCCGGCUGCCCCCUCAACCAGCCAUCCCUCCAUCACAGUCUUUUCCGGGGAUGUUAGUUGCCAGUCCACAGCCAGUAUGGAAUCCUCAGCAGCCACUACCAACACAAAGGCCUUCAAAAUGGAAGUCAUAUACGAGCCUUAACCAGUCUAUGUCUCAUCUUGUAUCGCAUACUGUUGAGAAAACCAAUGCAACUAUCCAGGAACUCGAGCAACUUGUUCACCAAAGCUUGGGUGGUGGUGCGAAUGUGAAUGAAGCCACAUCGCGGUUGUUGGAUCAGGUUAUCACUUCUAUUGAUUUGGGAUCAUUCUGUGGAAGAGAGAGUGAACUCAUCGCCGCAUGUGCUGUCCCUUCUCAGUCCGACAGAAGAGAUCGCCGUUCACAGCGAACAGGAAAGAAACACACAGGGUCUGUGGAUUAUUUCUCCAAAGUGUACUUGUACGCAAACUCACGGCUACCACCGCAUAUACAAACAUUGAAAUUUUAUCCCGCGACAUAUCCUCUCCUCCAACUGGCAGCCAAGUACUCCCGACGUGCCUACGACAAGCCUUCAGGUCGUGAACGACAUUCAUAUGUCAACUCCGACUGGCUUCAAGGUACAAAAGCCAUGGUCGUAAAGUCGCUGCCAAUCGAUGAUAUGAACACAAUUGUCUUCGCCAUACGAGGCACGCAAAGUUUCAUCGACUGGGCAGUCAAUGUCCACACGGCACCGACGUCUCCCUCGGGGUUUCUGGAUGAUCCUUCCAACUGCUGCCAUUCUGGAUUCCUUUCAGUGUCCCGUAAGAUGGCUGCCACUGUUGCAGAACGGCUGCGCAAUUUGCUCGAAGAGGACCCGUCUCGUAUGUCCUAUUCGCUCGUUCUUACGGGGCACUCUGCUGGCGGUGCUGUCGCCAGUCUUCUAUAUCUGCAUAUGCUUUCUGAGUCGCCGGCGGUGCAGUCUGAGCUCACACACCUUCGUGGUUGCUUUAGACAUAUCCACUGUGUGACAUUUGGUGCUCCGCCUAUCUCACUGCGACCACUUCAGCCCUCUCCCGCUGCCUUGAGGUCAAAAUCUCUAUUCUUCGCUUUCAUCAAUGAAGGCGAUCCAGUAGCCCGAGCCGAUAAGGGGUAUUUUCUCUCGUUGUUGGAUCUUUACGUCUCGCCCGCGCCGGGCUCAAUGCUCACUCUAUAUGAUCGCAAGAAACAACAUGCACCUAUCUUAUGGAGGACUCCUGCGUCCACUCUCGCGCUGGCAGGUCGCCUCAUUGUUCUUCGACCGCGAGAACAAUGGAGUGGCCGGCCCGUUAUUGUAGCACCGCCUGUCCCUGGUGGUCCUCCCACUCUGCCGCCGCGCGAGAAAGUGGAUGCUUGUGGGGUUACAGAUACGGAGUUACGAGGUGUUGUAUUUGGAGAUCCAGUCAUGCAUUUCAUGGACUUGUAUUCUCGCCGCAUUGAUGCGAUCGCAAGAGGCGCCCUGGGCAAGCGAUGA